CGCAGAGUGCGGCGCCGAGGCCGGGCGCAUGGGUGUUGGUGCUUCUCCGAGUCUCUCUCCCCGCCUCCGUCUCUCCCGCCCGCCCCACCGGGACUUCUCGCCGGGCGGCAGCAUAGCCGCCUCAGGGCGGGUGGCGGCAGAGGGGCUGGUGUGGCGCUCUUACCGUCCAGUCCUCCGGGAACAUGGCGACCGGCGGCUACCGUAGCGCCGGUGGCAGCACCACGGACUUUCUGGAAGAGUGGAAAGCCAAGCGGGAGAAGAUGCGGGCGAAGCAGGCGCCGCCGGCCCCCGCGGGGGUGGCCACUGCAGGGGAGCCCAGGCCGGCGGCGGGCGCUUCCUCCGCCGAGCUGAACAACAACCUGCCCCCCGGAGGCCCGGCUGCCCCGCCCGACCGCGCGGCGCCCCCCGCCGGCGGGGCCGUCAACUGCGUCAGCCUCUCCAGCGCCGCCUUGGGCCGGGCCGCCCCCGCCAAGGAGCCUCCGCCGGCUCUGGCCGGAGGUCGCGGGGCAGAGCCUGCCCUCAAGCCCCCUCCUGCCGCCGCGCCGGGCUCCCCCGAGGGUGAAGAGAAGCUGGCCGCCAAAGGGAAAAACUCGGGUCCCAGUGCCAGGAAGGGGAAAGGGCAGAUCGAGAAGAGGAAGCUGAGGGAGAAGAGGAGGUCGACAGGUGUGGUGAACAUCCCGGCUGCCGAGAGCCUUGAUGAGUAUGAAGAUGAUGAAGCAGGGCAGAAGGAGCGGAAGAAGGAGGAUGCUAUUACCCAGCAGAACACAAUAGAAAAUGAGAACUCCUGUGCAGAUACCUCUGGCUCAUACUUGUUACAGGACUCCUCAAGGAUGGUUUCAAGCAGGUAUAAAAGCACAGCUAAUGCACCAGAAGAUGAUGCUCCAAACAGAUACUCCCGGACAGACAGGACAGCUUACAGCAGAUACAGCAGGGAUGCAAAUUCUUCUGGCAGUUCCCUACCAACUAACACUUUGGAAAAGAGGAUUGAAGAGCUUGAGAGGGAGCUGGCGAAGGAGAGACAGGAGAACGCGAGACUGGUGAAGAUGGCACAGGACAAAGAGGAACUCAUUGGGAAGCUGAAGGAAGAAAUUGAUUUAUUAAACAGAGACCUAGAUGAUAUCGAAGACGAAAACGAGCAACUGAAGCAAGAAAACAAAACCCUCUUAAAAGUUGUUGGACAGCUGACAAGGUAGAAGAUUGAAGCCUCAAUGAGGAGAGAUUUAAAAACUACUGAUUGAACACUGAGGUCAAGAUAGUACUAUUGCCUGUGUUGCAGUAUGUUAUAAUAACUGUCUUUAUAUUUAUUGUUUAGGAAACCAGAGGAAUGUUUAUUUUCAUAGUAGUUUUCUGCUUCGUUUGAUGAAAUGGCAUCAAAU